AUGAAGGCCUCAACCCUUGUCUCCGCUCUCUUAUUCUCCAGCGCUCUCGCAGCCAUCGGAGACUACUGCAAGGAUAGCAAGGGCAACUACGGCACCUGCCAGACAACCUCCAAGUGCAACUCUCUGGACGGCACCUACACGAGCAACCUGUGCCCCAACGACCCAGCCAACGUCAAGUGCUGCUUUUUCCCGAAGUGCAACUCGACUGGCAGAUGCCAGAAAGACAGCCUGUCCUGCGGCGGCGGAUACACGACUGGUGACUGUCCUGGGCCUACCCACUACCGUUGCUGCAACGCGGCGAAGAAGCCGCCCAUCUGCCCGAGGGGUACUCUGGGCCGUCGCUGCAUUCCUAUCAACUGA